GCUAGCGAGGCCUAUGUAGCAUCUUAAGAAGCUGUUGAUCUGUAUGGUAAUAAAAUUGUGAAGUAGCACCAAUUAGUGCAUAUUUUUAAAGGAAAUUUUGAGGCACUUAACGUAUUAAGUGUUGUGUUUGAACGUUACGUGUUAUUAUUGGAUGAUUUUACAGUAUUCUGUUAUUUCGAGAAAUGGCUGUUGUAUGUUUUAGGAUUCUACAAAUAUGUCACUUAAAUUCUUAGUACUCGUAAGUGUUACUCGAUAAAGCGUUUUACGUCAAACUGACUCAAUUUUGACAUUUUUUGCGCUUAUCAUUCAUUGAAAAAGAAGAUCUUUGCAGAGUAUGCAAAGUUUCAUAAGUUAAUUGAACAUGGAAAGAAAACCGCAUAAAUUAAAAAUUGAAGAUGAUGAAAUGAAACCGAAAAGACUUAUUCCUAAUAAACCACGUGAAGACACAGUUGCUUCAUCCAGUGAUGAGAAUAAUAGAAGUCCUGUAGAACCAAAAAUGGAAAAUAGUAGUAGUUCUUUUAAAACUGAGGAAGAAAAAUCCGAAAGUGAGACUGCUAGCCGUGGUCGAAAUUUCCCAAGUGAGACUGCUAGCCGUGGUCGAAAUUCCCCAAGUGAGACUGCUAGCUGUGGUCGAAAUUCCCCAAGUGAGACUGCUAGCUGUGGUCGAAAUUCCCCAAGUGAGACUGCUAGCCGUGGUCGAAAUUCCCCAAGUGAGACUGCUAGCCGUGGUCGAAAUUCCUCAAGUGGGACUGCUAGCCGUGGUCGAAAUUCCCCAGAACCAAGCUGUGCUAUAUGCUUAGAGCAGCUUCAAAAUAAGUCAUUUACUGAUAGUUGCUUUCAUAUGUUUUGUUUUACAUGUUUGGUUGAAUGGUCAAAAGUAAAACCUGAAUGCCCUCUAUGCAAGCAAAAGUUUAAAAGUAUUGUGCAUAAUGUUCGCUCAGAUUUAGAUUAUGAUCAGUACUAUAUUAGAGGGUCUGAGAAUAUGUGGACUUACUUUGGAGAUCGGAGAUUUCGGUUUCGUACUACAAUGACUGCUGAAAGAUUUGUUGAAAGAAAUCAUAUUUCAUUACAAGAUACUCUUAAUAAUGAAAUUGCAUCUCACAGAAUGAGAUACGCACCCCAUUCUGUUAGACUUUAUUCUGCAUCUCAAACUGUAUUGCGUAUGCCAUGCAGUUUUAGGAGACAAAUUUAUGAAGAAAACUUAUGGGUAAAACCAUAUGCCGGAGUUCGAAUUAGAUUUAUAACUCCAGAAUUUUACAGAAAUAAUCCAGGUUGCACACAUAGAUUGCAUCGAUGGCUUUACAGAGAAUUAACUGCUUUGUUAUAUAAUGAAAACCAAGUGACUUUUGUCAUGGAAUUAAUCAUGGCUUUGAUUACACGUUAUGAAAUUACAAGUCAAGAAUUUUUUCUCCAUAUUCAACCCUAUUUUAACUCUCGUACAAGCCAUUUCAUUCAUGAAUUUUAUAAUUUUGCUAUUUCACCUUAUGACAUGGAAAGCUACGACAGACAUGCAUCUUAUAAUUCUUUAGAUACAAACAAAGUAACUCAUGAUCUGUCAUCAUCUGACAGUGAUGUCAUUCCACUUUCUAGUAGUAGUGGAUCAAAAGAUGCAUCAUCUGUAACUGCAGAAGAAUCUACUUCUGAAAGGAACAAACACAUACAAGCUUAUAAACGUCUGAAAAAAUUGGUUCUGAAAAGAAACAGUAAAAAUGAUUCUUGGGAGCAUGUUGCACCACCAGUGUCACUGCUUCAUAAUUACAGCAGUAUGUCUAGCGUCCCAUUUUUAUAUUCAAAUCCUGGACCUAGCACAUCUGGUUUCAAUUCAUCUUCGUUCAGAAUGCCGCAUGAUACCUCAUCGGUAGAAGUUCAACCUUCUGAUGAUAAUAAUAAUAAUGAUGAUGAUGAUGAUGAUGAUGAUGAUGUCCAAAUAUUAAAUGUGCUUAAACCUCCAAAAGAGAGAACACCUGAAAUUGUUGAUUUGUUGUCAAGUGAUGAUGAGUCAAAAAUUAUUGUUGUAUCAUCUGGUAAUGAGAGUUGUUCUGAUACUGAGAGGGGCUCUUGUGUAAAAGCUCCCUCAGAAGUCCAGAGUUCUAAAAAUAUUGAUGAGCCAUUUUCAAGUGAUUGUGUUUAUGUUCCUUGGAAUGAACCUUCAACAUCUAACUCAUAUAAAAUUGAAAAUGUCACAUACAAAGUAGAAAGUGAUGUUAAUGUAUCCGGAAGUAAUAAUGCUGAGCCAAGCUCUUCAGGUGGAAAAAAUAUUGAAAGAAAUCAGUUCACAGAAGUGAAAAAAAGUCCAACUUUAGCCUCUGCCGUGGUUAAACCACUGUCGGUAGUAAAUAAGUCUGUUGCUUGGAUUCCACAUGCCAGACGUAAAAGACGUAGUCCUUCACCAACAAAUGAUGAUGGAAGUUCAACUGAAAGUUGCUCAGGUUUUGAAAAUUUUUCAGAGUUAACUCCAAAAGUUAAGACUCUGAAAUUGCGUAGUGUAGUUGCACAUUUUUCAUUUGAUCGCAGUGACGAAAGAAACAGUUCUGGUCAUCGUUCUUCACACAAGAGAAGGAAAGAGAAAAAAAAGAAAAAGAAAAAACACACUCAUAAACGUAAGCAUCGUAUUUAUUCAGAUGAAAGUGAUUGAUUGAUCAACAUAUUAACAUUUGACUGGAUUAUUGUUUUCUACCUAUCUACUCAUAUUUGUGGUUUUUUGUACAUAGUUUGGGAAUCAUUUUUUCAUAUUAAUUGUGUAUGUAUGAAUUUUUCAAGCUAUUCAUCCUAACAUUAUAAAAAUUACGUACCUUGGAUUUUCUUAGUAUGUGAGUAUAAAGAAAUAUUGAUUAUUUUUUGCCAUUGAUUUUUGUUAACAUAUUAUCUUGUACUUAUUUAUACAAUUUUUAUUUCAUACUUUAAUAAAGUAUUAAAAUCUGUA